ACACCAUCUCUAAUGAUCGCUGUUUCCUCUAGAAACCAAAGAAGGACACCAACUUGCACCAUCAAUUUUUUCUUUUUCCCUCUUCACACACAACACAACACAACAAUCAAACAACAAAAAUCCAAGCUUUCUGUCAAAUUCCCCAAAUCCCUCUCUUACCAACACGACCCCAUUAAAUUCCAAAACCUAGUUAACUUCUCAGUACCCUGCAACUUUGCAACUUGCGAUUUGUCUAUUUUCCCCUUCUCUCAAUUUGACUUUUCUCCAAUUUCAGUUGAUUGAGGACGCCCCACCUGAAAAAGAUGCCAACUUGCAUAGUUUUCAUCAUGUAACUUGUGCAAUCUCCUUCAGCAACAUCAUUGGGUGCUGUCUUAUUGCGCCUUUUUUCCCCUUACAGAUAUCUUUGAGUUUCAGACAGUUAGAUCCUAUGUCAGGUUGUGAGUUGAAAGUGUGUUGAAUGGGUUUUCAGACUAUGGGUUCUCAGAGUAAUGGGCAACAGUCUCAUUUACAGUUACAGCCACCACAGUUAUCUAGGCAAGGUUCCUGGUAUAGUCUCACACUUGAUGAGGUUAAUAAUCAGCUAGGAGACUUGGGGAAGCCGAUGGGGAGCAUGAACCUCGACGAGCUUCUCCAAAAUGUGUGGACUGCCGAGGCGAGUAAAGUUGUUGGGGUACAAAAUGAGCAGAUGUCAUCUUCGUCUUCCCUUCAACGCCAGGCCAGUCUGACACUGGCUCGUGCGUUGAGUGGGAAGACGGUUGAUGAUGUUUGGAAAGAAAUCCAACAGGGGCAGAAAAAACGAUUUGGAGACAAUGUUAAAAUUGAAGGUGGAGAAAUGACUUUUGGUGAAACAACAUUAGAGGACUUUCUGGUACAAGCAGGUCUCUUUGCUGAAGCUUCUGUGAGUCCGAAUGUGGGGUUGAACAGAAUGGAUUCUGCCACCACACAAAGUUUACAACAAAAAUCAGGUGCGUCGCCCUCCGCUUCGGUUAGCAGUUUGUCGGACACAAAACCGGGUCGCAAAAGGGAUGCUCCAGAUGCAUAUGAGAAAGCUUUAGAAAGGAGGCUGAGAAGGAAAAUCAAGAAUAGGGAAUCUGCGGCACGCUCACGGGCAUGCAGGCAUAUCAUAAUGAAUUGGUUAGCAAGGUUUCUCGACUAGAAGAAGAAAAUGUAAAGCUCAAGAAAGAGAAGGAAUUCGAAGAGAAGCUACCAUCCGAAUCACCAUCCGAACCAAAAUAUCAGCUUCGAAGAAUAAGUUCUGCUUUUUUCUGACAGUGUGACCUGCACUGAAGUACUUCUUUUUUGCUCCCCAUGUUCUUGGUAUUAUUAAGCGGAACGCGUGGCGGAUAAAGAUUGCAUCACUUCAUUGUAGUGCUGAAUGAUGACGAUUUGCUCCAGUAGCAGCAAAUUUGUUCAAUCUAAUCUAUUAUCUUCUAUAUAGUUAAAAUAACUAGAGGGUACAUAUUUGGCUAUGGUUUCCUUUGAUGAAUCAUAAGCUUAAGCUUUUUGCUUUGUUGGAAAAACAAAAAUACCUGAAGAAAAAAAAGGAAAAAAGAAGAAAAGAUUUGAGUGUAGUGGUGGAAAAUGUUGCCGCUUGUGUAAUAUUAUCCCUUAAAUCAGGGAAUUAUUGCAUGGUCAUCAAGUUCUUGAAAGAAAGUAAAAGGUAACCAAAUGUGUAGGUUCUUUUUAUAUUAGCAUAUUCUUAGUGCAGAAUUGUAAUAGACUUAUAGUUAGUAUGGUUUGGCAAAGUUUUAGGAGGAGAAAUUAUGGAGAAUUGGUGUUAUCUAUAGAGGAAUUCUCCAAGUAAAUUAAACACCAAAAGGGAAAAUUUUAGUUUAUUAUGAUAAAAUUAUUCAAGUGAAGUU